AUGGAGACAAUACGCGAUGAUUUUCAAGGCAGCGACCGACGGGCUGUGAAAGCGCUCAACAUAAUCAUAGUCGGCGCUGGCAUUGGAGGGCUAACUGCCGGUAUAGCCCUCGCACACACCGGCCACUGUGUGACUAUUUUUGAGACAGUUUCAGAGAUCACUGAUGUCGGUGCCGGCAUCCAAAUUGCGCCGAAUGCUGCUCGAAUACUUCAUAGACUGGAUGUAUUGCGAGAUGUAAUGGACCAUGCCACCGUCUUGGAAAGAGUCAGUGUUCGGUAUGUGGACAUGUGCAGCCGCAACUGGCUUGUUGCUAACAUAUCCAGGCGGUAUACGAGCGACGAUGAAAUGGCCACUUUUCCUCUAUUGCCAGCAAACGGGCUCAAAUACGGCGCCCCAAUGGGCGUCAUUCAUCGCGGAGACUUGCAGAAUAUACUAUUGAACAAGGCUCUGGAACUCGGUUGCCAUAUUUUUACCAACCACAAGGUCAUGGCUGUCGACCCCAAGUUCUCCGCAAAGGUUCAUGUCCAUGACGGUACAACGGGUGAGAGGUUCUGGCUAUCCGCAGAUAUGGUCAUUGCAGCCGAUGGCGUAAAAAGUCACAUUCGCCAGCAAAUGAUGACCUCGAAAGGCUACAAGGAUGAGCCGAUUCCAACUGGCGACGCAGCGUACCGGCUCCUGAUCCCACGAAACCGGGUUCUAGACGAUCCUCUGACUCUCUCGAUGAUGGAUAAAAACGUCGCUAUGAGGUAUAUGGGACCAGGUGGCCACAUAAUGGCUUACCCUAUCAGGGGCAGCUCUCUCUACAAUAUCGUUCUUCUUCAUCCAGCCAAGUCGGAGACUUUGUCCGAAGACGUGUGGACAAGCAAGGGCAGCCGGGAGGACAUGCUCAAGUUCUGCGCAGGCUGGUCACCAGCCGUACAAAAAUGGUUAGCGCAUGCGGAUGAAGAUGUUCUGGAGUGGAAUCUUCAUGUCUACCCUGAUCUGCCAACUUGGACCCAAGGCAAUGUAGCGUUGUUGGGUGAUGCCUGCCAUCCGAUGCUCCCGUACGUUGCCCAGGGCGCUGCAAAUGCCAUGGAGGAUGCUGCAGUACUAGCCACUGCGCUUACCUGCACGUCCAAUGUUCGGCUAGCAUUGAAAAUGUACGAGACUAUUCGAAAAUCCCGAGCAGAGAAGAUUGCUGCUGGCGCAACAGCCACGGCCUAUACUCUGCACAUGCCGGAUGGCCCCGAGCAAGUCGCUAGAGAUCAAGGGCUGGUCAGCCCGGGUGCCGCGAAACAGAAUCCCGACAAAUGGAGCAACUUGGAGUGGCAGGACUUCAUGUGGGGAGUAGACGUUAUGGAGGUGACGAUACGCAUGUGGACGGAGCUCGCCAAAGUCCUUUCGUUGGAGAAGCGCUAUCCUCAUUUCACAAGGGCUUACACGUACACGCUCUUGGCAGAUAUCUCUCGCGUCUGGCUCCUUGAGCAGCUGCAUUUGGCGAUGGGGGAUGGGAGCCGCAGUGCCCGUUAUAAAGCUGGCAGAGAAGGCUGCAGAAUGGCGAAGUCGAAGAAGGCGUGGACGGUGUGCAGUGGCUGGGACAUCAAGCCCAUGAUGCAGAAUCCCCGCUCCAAAGACGAGCAAAAAUUGGCGAGUGUAACUGGAAAACUGACGCGGCUGCCUGUGCAUACUCGACAGAUUGCUGACGUCAAGUCGCAGCUGGGAGAUGCAGCGCAGGGCGACUCUGUUGUGCUUCGGGCUGGCGACUCUGCUGAUAUCUUGGACAACUGCCAGAAAGAUGCAAUUGAGUCGAAAAUGAAGCCAAUGAAGCCGCUCCACCAGUUGAGAAAGAUUCUUACUCGGGGGUUUCGCAAGUCAGUUAUUUGCAUUGAGCGCAUCGCCGGCCAGUAUGCGAAGCUCCGUCCACGCUCUAGUGAGAAGAUGAAGAAUGAAGCUGUUCGCAGCUUCAGGGGGAUAUACUGA